UCAGGCAGGGCACGCGGGUCUCAGUUUGUUAGAGAUGCAGGUGCGCUUUGGUCGGCGCUCCGGACAGGCGAAGGAAAGCACAGGAAUGAAGAACGCUGAAAAAGAAGAAAUUCCCUAUCCACCUCUCCUACCUAGCAAGGUGGAUCUGCGUCAGGUUACCAUAAUUCCACACGCUGAGUGGGAAAGGAUUCGCGACAGCCUUGACAGGUUGACAAGAGAAGCAGCAGCCCUUCGUGCAGAAAGAACAGCAAAGACAAAGAAGCAUGCCCAGUCCCAGGAGCUGGUAAAACACUGGACCAACACAUACGCAGGAAUGAAAGAACAGAAACUUAGAGCCAAGCAAAAGCGUGAUGAAGAGAUUGAGACUGAAAGACAAAUUCUUGAUUUGGAGGAAGAAAUAUACAAACAAGGAGAAAGAAAGAAAGCCAUUGAAAACGCAAAGCAGCAUCAGUAUCACCAGACAGAAAGAGUGAAAAACUUCCAUUCAGGACUUCUUCUCAGUAGAGUUAUGCAAGAGCGCGAUGCCCAGAUUCAGUUCAAAAAGAACGCGGUAAAAUCUGAUAAGAAAUGGGAGGAGCAAGUGAAACUCGAUGUUGAAAAAGCUUUUAAAGAAGAGCAAGAGAAAGAACAAAAACAGCGCCGAGAAAGAAUAGCUCUUGCCCAAGAGCAUCUGAAACAGAUAGAGGAACAUGAAACGGAAGAAGAAAACAGAAAGAAAAAUGAAGAAAAGGACGCUGAGGAGAUAAAGCGGCAGAAUUUGCUGUAUGAGAUAGAACUGAAAAAAAAGCUAAGCAAGAAACAGGAAGAGAUAGAUGAAAGCAGGAAACUGUUUUUUGACAAUAUGCGUGAUAAAAACAUCAUCCGAGCUGUAGAACAGCAGCAGCAAGAGGAGGAAGAUGAAAAGAUUAGAAAGUUUAUCAAAGCCAAAAAACGUCUUAUACAAAUGAGGAAAGACAAAGAAGCUGAAAUAAACAGGCUAAUGGAAGAACGGAGAGAAAGAAUAAAUAACUUCCUAAGUGAACUAAUGAAAGAGAAACUUGAUACUGAAGAUUUGAUUAUUGCUAGAGAUAUUGCUGAAACUGAGGCUGAGCUGGAGAGAAGAGAGAAAGAAAAAUAUGAAAAGACUCAAGCAGAGUUGAAAGCCAUUGCGGAUCAUAGAGCCACCGUGAUGAAAAAUAAAGAGGAAGAAGAAAAACAAAGAAAAAUUGAGUCUAAAGAACAAAUGCUGGCUAUCUUAGAGGCAGAUAAGAUCUUCCAGGAGCUUGAAAAUGAGAAAAAGCUCAAAGCUAGCAAAGAGCAACGAGAAAUUCAGGAUGCUCACAUUCAGCAAAUGGCCAUAAAUAAAUUUAAUGCAAAACAAUCCAAAGAAGAAGAAUUAGAUUACUGGAGACUUACUGAAGCCCUUGCAGCUGAGAAGGAGGAAGAAUUUCAGAAGUAUGCCAGAGAAGUAAUUGAAUUUGAAUCCAAGUCAACAAAGAAAUACAUUUACCCUCUUGUAAAAGCUGCGCAGGAAGGAGUGGGCGGCGGGCGUGGACCACCCUUUGUAGGCCGAGGUGGGCUAAGACCGAGCUAUCAGGCAAAUAAUGCCACUGGUGUCCAGCUCCCUUUUUAUAAUUCUCAGGGUUCAAAGUACAAUGAUUUUCAGAAGUCAAAGAGAAGGCUAGGUUUUACAUGGUAAAAAGUUUAUUUUUAUGAUUUGAUAAAAUUUAUUGUAGCAAGUAU